CCCCUCUCGGUUGAGGCUAGAUCCAACCUCCUCUCUCCUCCUUACACGGCAGCGGCAGCAGCAGUUGCAGCAGCUGGGAGUCGCUGUGACUGUACACACCCCUCUUCCAGCCCACAGACAGGGGAGCGCCGCACGCAGCACGCCCAGCGACAACUCCCCGCACACACACAGCCCAGCAAGUCACCACCCGCCUGUGCCAGCAUGUCGGACCCGGGGACCGAGCACCAGGGCGCCAGCUGCAUGAGCCUGGUCUUAGCCUAUGUGCGCACCAGGAAGGGGAUCAUCCUGGCAGCAGAGAUAGCCUUCUGCAUCGUCAUCCUGAUCUGUUACGCCGCCUCAAGAUAUCCUGGAUACCUUGGACUUGCUAUAACAGAACUCAUAUUUUGCCUCAUCAUUUUUUUCAUCUAUGCCCUUAAAUAUGACCAGCAGUUCGCUGUCAUUCACUGGGGCUGGACGGAUUUUAUACGUGCCGCCAUCGGCUCCGGCCUCCUCAUUAUUCUGUCCUUAGUGUGCCUAAUCCGUGGUAGUGAUGGUCCUGGUAUAGCUGGAUCGGUCUUUGGGCUUCUAGCAGGGAUCCUAUUCGGUUAUGACGCUUUUAUCACGUUUCCACCGCUGAGGAAGACACACACACAAGCUGCGACUGAGUCUCCGGAUAAUAUCUAACGCUCAGCCCUGAACGGGAGAGAUCCCAACGCCUCACACAAGCUACAAGCCAACAACAUGCCUCUGCCCACCCUGUGCAGCUGUCCUGGAGACGAGGAAACGGGCGGCAUAGGGAGUGUUGGGCCACAGUGGACGAUGACUCCGUGUACACAUAUAAGUGUGUAAUGUAACAGUAGAUUAAUGGGUGACAGUGUUCAUGCUAAUUUGAUGGAUGGGAAACUGUGUAUGUGUGCUAGUUUGUGUCCGCUAACUACCGUGGGUCCACUAAGGUUAGAUGUUUUACUGUAAAAUCCUUGAGCUUUUUUUUAAUACUGUUGUCACAACACCAAUAAACAUAUUAAUAUCA